AUGUCGACGGCUACAGAGCCGCACCGCGGCCUCAAGCGUCCCGCCGCCGAGGCGUUGGAGGCCGAACAGCGUCUGUCCAAGCGCUUCAAUCUUCUAAACAUCGACAGUUCCGGCAAGCUCUACAUUCCCGUCGCCGCAUCGUCAUCCACCGCCGACUCGGAACCACCUCUCGAUCCAAGCUCCUCCCGCACCGCCGCAGCUAGAUCCCGGGACAAUGAUUGGAUGCAACUGGAAGACACCAAGGACAAGGUCUAUAUUUACGAUCUCGACGAAGAGUUGGCCGAGCUUGAAUCAGACGAGGAGACCCCUAUAUUCCUUCCCGACAUCGAGAAGCACCUCACCAAGAUACCUAAACACGUCUUGGUGAGCAACGGCAAAGAGCUGGAGCGCACUGCCGACAACCAGCUCGUGCUCUACGGUGUGCCUGCCUCGUUGUCUGUCCCUGAAGAUAAGGAUAGCGUCAGGAAGGCCAUUAUUGAAGCACGACACAGAGCAGAGCAGAAAUCCACAUCGCUGCAUGAAUCAAACGGCUCUACGGAUGUUCUCUUACAACAGCCUGGUAAACAUGAUCUUGCAGGCGCCGAUGAUGUCAUGGCCACGGAUGUCAACGGCUUGACUGAUGACAUGGAAGUCGAGCCUAUGGAAAUCGAAUGA